CCAGGGUAACGGGAACUGGAGACCCCGCGAGAGACCGCCCACAAGACCCCCCGCGUGCAGCCAUGAGCCCCGCCCCCCACUGGUGCUCGGAGAGGGGCGGAACCUGGAGCAAGGCAGCUCCGUGACCUCACCAUGUCCACCCCCACUACCAGUUCCGUGGACAGUCCCCUGCCUGGAAAUGCCCCCCCACAGUCCGACAGCCCGUGUUCGUCUCCCGCUGUGAAGGAGGAAGGCUCUGAGCCGUGGCCUGGAGGUCUGGACUCUGAUGCCCCAGGCACUGAUGGGGCAGGCUCUGCCUGCAGUAUGGGUGAGCUGGGUCAUCGCAGACCCCCCUGAGGAGCCAGAGCGCAAACGGAAGAAGGGCCCGGCCCCCAAGAUGCUGGGCCACGAGCUGUGCCGCGUGUGUGGCGACAAGGCGUCAGGCUUCCACUACAACGUCCUCAGCUGUGAGGGCUGCAAGGGCUUCUUCCGGCGCAGCGUGGUCCGCGGCGGGGCCGGGCGCUACGCCUGCCGCAGGGGGGGCACCUGCCAGAUGGACGCCUUCAUGCGCCGCAAGUGUCAGCUGUGCCGUCUGCGCAAGUGCAUGGAGGCGGGGAUGAGGGAGCAGUGCGUCCUUUCGGAAGAGCAGAUUCGGAAGAAGAAGAUUCAGAGGCAGCAGCAGCAGCAGCAACAGUCAUCAUCACCCGUGGGGCCUGGGGGCAUCAGUGGCCCAGCAGCCGAGCCUGGGGCCGAGCCUGGGGGACCUGAAGGGAGUGGCCAGGGCUCCUCGGAAGGAGAGGGCGUCCAGCUGACGGCGGCCCAGGAACUCAUGAUCCAGCAGUUGGUGGCCGCCCAGCUGCAGUGCAACAAGCGUUCUUUCUCGGACCAGCCCAAGGUCACGCCCUGGCCCCUGGGUGCAGACCCCCAGUCCCGGGACGCUCGCCAGCAACGCUUCGCCCACUUCACGGAGCUGGCCAUCAUCUCCGUCCAGGAGAUCGUGGACUUCGCCAAGCAGGUGCCCGGCUUCCUGCAGCUGGGCCGCGAGGACCAGAUCGCCCUGCUCAAGGCGUCCACCAUCGAGAUCAUGCUGUUGGAGACCGCCCGGCGCUACAACCACGAGACCGAAUGCAUCACUUUCCUGAAGGACUUUACCUACAGCAAGGACGACUUCCACCGAGCAGGCCUGCAGGUGGAGUUCAUCAACCCCAUCUUCGAGUUCUCGCGGGCCAUGCGGCAGCUGGGCCUGGAUGACGCCGAGUACGCCCUCCUCAUCGCCAUCAACAUCUUCUCCGCCGACCGGCCCAACGUGCAGGAGCCCCAGCGCGUGGAGGAGCUGCAGCAGCCCUACGUGGAGGCACUGCUGUCCUACACACGCAUCAAGAGGCCGCAGGACCAGCUGCGCUUCCCCCGCAUGCUGAUGAAGCUGGUGAGUCUGCGCACGCUGAGCUCCGUGCACUCCGAGCAGGUCUUCGCCCUGCGGCUCCAGGACAAGAAGCUGCCACCCCUGCUGUCCGAGAUCUGGGACGUACACGAGUGAAGUGAGGGGCCGCCGUGCUGCCCC